AAGUGGUGACGAUCAUUUUUGCGACUGGGGCAUACGACGAAAUACCAUGGCCACCUUUUGAGAAUUUUUACUUGCUUGCAGCCCGGUCGGCUCUUUGUGUUGCUGGGCACAUUUGUAGACUGUGGUCUUAUCAUUAUUGGGGUCUGAGUAUUCCUUGACAUAUUUUACCGUUGUCCUUGAAAGAUUCAGUUUGAAAACUAAGAACUUUAGAUUUGAUUCGCGACGAUCGGGAAAAUUGAAAACGCUCAUAAACCUCUGUCGUUUGGAACACUGUGAUUUUUCGUUUUUGCUGAUUGUUUGAAUCUCAAGGCUGGAAAAUCUCUUACACACCUGUCAAGCAAUCAGAAGAGAUAAGCCCCGGGGCAUGUAGAUUUAUUUGAAUGUAGACAACCCGUUGAAAAAGGCUGAACUUGUUUGCAUAGCAUUGAUUAAAAUAUCAAUGAAUCAUGGAGGAAAUGGAUUGUCAGACUAGUUUUGAUACUAAUGUUGAAAUAGACAUCAAAGUAACAGUGAUUGAUGGAGAUGACAGGAGGGAUGGGGACUUGAUGAAACUGAUUGAGAGGACCCGGCAACGGCGAGAAAUGCUGAACCAGAAGCUAGGCAAGACUCCUGAUCCCACCCCCAGGAAGCGUCGUACACCUCUCGGAGAAGACACCACAGACAACAUCAUAGAAGAUCCACAGCAGAAUGAUGAAUCCCCAAAGCGUCAGUGUGUACGUGAGACUGAGAGAGAAGUGAAAGAGGACACCCCAGCUAUCACUGGCGUGCGUUCACGACUGCAGCAACUAUCUCAGCAGAGAGAUGAUUGGUCCGACAACCCUGAUGCUGCCAGUCCAGUACCUGUUCCGAGGAAAAGCUUAAGCAACUGCCUGGAUGAUGAGAACACCCCCAGCCAGCAAGCGCCGCCGUCACGCCGCGGCCGACUGGCUGCACUCGCACAGAACAUCAACAGCUGGGAGGAGGAUCUGAGUCAACCCAAGAUACAGAAAGAAGAAGAGCCGAAACCAAGAUGGCAGCCCCCAAGAGCUCCAUCAGAAGAUAGAAGCAAGUCCAAUGCCCCACAAUGUCCCCCCACUGGGGUACAGAACUCACCCAAGAAGUACCGUGCACCCCAGCCCCCCACAUCUGUUCAGCCCGAGAUGGCCAAGGUAUCCCCCGUGAAACCUCACCGUGCUGCUCCCUCCCCAGUGAAGUCCAAGCUGACAUUUGGUAACCUGUCUAACAGUAGCAUAUCCACACAGUCCCCAUCAAGAAGAGUUGAACAGAAAAUGUCCUCUCCCCUCACCCCACAAGUGCGAGUCCCGCCAAAACCCGACGACAGACGUCUCACUGCACAGAUUCCGGUGAAUGUCCGGGGACUGAAUGAAUCUGAUGGGGAAAAGACUGAUGACGAACCAACUAGCAAGCCUGUUUCUGAGAGAUUCAACUCGUGGGCCAAGAAAACCACUUGUGAAACGCCAAAAGCCAGCAAAUCUGUAGACCCAACACAGACACCUGUCUCAGCCAGGAUGGCAAACUGGGAGAAGAAAGUAAAUGAGACCCCAGCUGCCACGCCAACGGUCACCAAAGUCUUACACACACCUCGACAAAUGUGUACCCCAGCUAAACCCCCAAAUGCACCAGAUGCCACAGUCAGCAAGGUCUUGCAUACCCCUCGACAGAUGUGCACCCCAGCUAAGUCCCAGAAUGCACCAGCUCGACCUAUCAGUACUCCAUCAAUGGCAGCUGUGAAGAGCUCCCAACCGACACCAAGGACGGAGAGACCCGUGAGCAUGGUAUCUGCAGGGUCUGAUGAUCCGACCACCCGAUCUGUAUCAGAGAGGAUGGCGAAAUGGCAGGAACAGACCAAACCUCCGCCAGUUGAGGAGGAGCCAACAGCUUAUUCCGUCAAUGCACGUAUGUCGGCAUGGGAACACAUGUCAUCAUCGAACCAGGUGAGCUACAUAAAGAAGGUGAACCCUGGUGAGCAGCCAGUAUCUCCUCAGAAGUCCCCAGCCAGACCUCCUCCCCCAGGGUCGGCAACCAAGAAAGGCGUGACGCCCAGCAAGGUUGUUAUGGACGCCAUCACUGAGCGUGCCCAGCAAAUAAUGGCCACGUCCCCUGCAAAGACAUUGAAAUCUUGUCCCUUGUCGCCAAACAGCGCUAGCGGGACCAUGAAGAGCGUGCACCAGCGCCUCAUGGAACAGACCCACAACAGCAGCAAGAGCCAGGACAUCAUGGAGAAGCUGAGGGGGGAGCGGAUGGCGGAGCUGCAGACGAUACAGAAUAGGUGGAAGAAUGGCAUCCUGAAGGAGGACAACUCAUCCGAUCAGCCAGCUUCCCAGGCCUCUGCUAAUGGCACCACUCCCACAGUGGCAAAACAAGAAAAGAAAGAAGCUAUCCGGGCCAAAGCCAGGGCUGAGUUUGACAACAAGCUAGCUGCCAUGGGAUUUGACCUUUCAGAUGAAGGCCAAAACAUGGCUUCCUUCAACUUCAAGGGAGGCAAUAAUCAACAAUCUUACAACCAGCAUGUUGCCGAAGAGAAGCAGUCUUCAACCGGACAGCCCCCUGCUGGGUUUAUCCCCCCUCCCCCACCCCCUCCUCCAUCAGGGGCAGCACCCCCACCCAAGCCACCAUCUAAUCACGGCCCUGCUGCAUCAAAACCCCCAGUCCCUCCAAGUUCGGGCCAACAAGGGAAAGGCACUAGCAUCUACAGAAUCAUCUCCCAUAAGGGCAAUGCUCCCGCUCCGAGGCCGUCACAGCAACCUGCUGCAAGUCAUGCCGUACACAGACAGGCUUCCAUCAAUAGCCGUAAGGUCCAGUUUGAUGACAGCUUUGACAGCACAGACGAGAGCGAGGCUGUGAGAACUUCAUUUGAUGACGACACUGAAUCCCAGACAGACAUUACAGCGCCAGAAUCCGACUCGGAACCGGAAACAGAAGAUGUGUCGGAGUCUGAGAUGGAGGAGGUUGUGAUGAGACGGAAACCUGUUCAUCAGAGUAGGCCACGGCCUCCAGUGUAUGAAGAGGAUGAUGUUAGUCUCAGUGCAUUUGUUCCCGAUUCUGUGCGCAGAGAGAGCGUCCUGCCCACGGGGCCGGAGGAUCACAGACGGAGCUUCACCAGCGAGACGAGCGUGGACAGUUUCGAGGAGCCCCAUCACACAGCCCCCAGGAACCCCUACCGCAGCACCUCCAACCUGCGACAGAUGGCCCAGGACAGCUCCAGCAGUCUUGCCAGCAGCGUAGACAGCAACAGGGAUGACAUUGAUGAUCUCCUGGACGAGGCAAUGGACUCGGACGACAGCGGGGCGCCUGUUCCUGCACCGCGUCGGCAUCACCACCAGACCCGGAAUGAAACCGAUAGAAGUCUUAUAUACAGUGUCAGUGCCUACAGGUCCAGCAGGCACCUUCAAGCUCCCCCGCCAGCCAAGAUGAUAAUAUCUCGUCACAGCAAGUACGUGGACAGUGAUGUGCACGAGGAGGAUGUGGCCAUGCCUCGUCAACCCCCGCCUCAGGAACAGAGGAAGUCCGUGCAGGAGCGGAUACAGGAGCUGCAAGAGCUGGUUCAGCAAGAGCAGAGCGUCAUCAUGCAGACCAGCAACGCCCUCAACCAGUGCUGCAGCAAAGACUCCUACUUCGCCGGCUCACCAGAACAAGUGGAGUGUAACCGAGUACUGCUUGUGGCUUGUCAGAAACGCCAGUCAUACAUGUUGGAAAUUCAGAGACUGAAGAACACAGGCAACCUUGACAAAACUGGCCCAGGCCCUAAGGGUUCUCUCACCCUAAAUGACAUCCGUCUUCCUCUCAAGAAAGAGUUUGUGACGAAGAUUGGAACAUCACAAGAUAACACAACAUACUACUUCAUCAUCCUGAUCCGCAAGGACACACAAGUGAUCUGCACUCAGAUGCUCUCUACUCACGAGCCCAUGAUGCGAGGCAGCCUCGACUUCCCCAACCUCAUCAAGAUCAACGGCAUCACCGGUGACUUCAGGCUCGACCUGGAGAUCUAUGGCAUGUCUGUUUCCAAGGAAAUACUUACCAAAGAUAAGAAGAAGCAGAAAACACCCAAGAAGUCAAAACAUGGAAUAACAUUACAAAGCCCCGGUGGCCCGACGGCCGUGAGAACCACCAGCUUCAGCCAUAUCACAACCGUGCCCAUCACCAUGAAGUCACUGGACAAGACCUGCUUCAACCUGGAGAGGCUCCCCUACCUGUCCCCCCUGCACGGCAGCAUCUACCUCCGACUCAAGUGUCUCAUGGAGGCUAAUGUGGAAGAGAGAGGCUUCCUGACGAUGUUUGAAGACGUGAGCGGCCUUGGAGCGUGGCAUCGGCGGUGGGUGGCUCUUGCUCGUAACAAACUGUGCUACUGGAAGUACCCUGAUGAUGAGAACCGCAAGGACCCAAUGGGCAUGAUUGACUUGAAGCGAUGCAUCACAGAAAAAGUUGGCCUGAUUCCAAGGGAUAUCUGCGCCCGACCCAACACGUUUGAAUUGAUGACAGUUCGCCAGCCGCGGCAUGGAGAGAGAGAUACCCUCGUCAGUCGGACGUACAACACCAUGACGACCAUCAGACACAUGAUGUCGGCAGACACAAAGGAAGAGAGAAUCGUCUGGUGCAACAAAGUCAACCGAGCUCUUGCCAAUAUCCGCACGUGGCACUCGGAUGCCCUUCCCCCAGUAAAAAUCCCGAACAAAAACUCCUAACUGUGAUAGCAGACAUUCAACUUGCCAGGAUGUGUCGGUGUAUGUGAGAGUGAGAGACAGUUAUCUCCCUUGGGGACAUCAGGAAGAGACAAUUGAUCUGUGGAAAUGUCGGUCAGCGUGGACAUUGUGAGACUGAUCCCUACAGAGACAGCUGUGUAUUGUGAUUGUGUGGUUAGGGAUGAACCAAGAUGCGGCAUGCUGGCUUGUUCUGCAACUGUGAACGUAACAUUGAUGAAAUGCUGGAUAUUAACUAUUGGAUUAAAUCAUGUAGCUCUUAACACAAAUACAUACUUAACUAACAUAGGAUUGGUUGUAAUGUAAAUGCUUGUGCCAAAUAAUAAGAUCACUACAGAACAAAACAUUCUUAACUGACAAAACAUUGUAGUCAUUCUUGUCAAUGGAAUAUUGAUUUAAAGUAAAUUCUAAGACAUAAUAUGAUUAUUACCUCAAUAUUUUCAUUUGCAUAAUUUGAGUACAAUGAAAAACGUAAACGUUGUAAGUGUAACUAUAUAUACUGUAAUUAUUAUCAUGUAUUUAUGUAUUAAAAUACAAAUAAUCAAUAUAGUACACCAUGUAUUCUAUCUGUCUUAGAUUUACUUCUCUCUGUCUAGUCUCUCUACUCAUUCACGCCUCUCGGGCAUCUUCGUCUUUCCAUUACUGUCUUGGGCUGUAACGAUACACUUGCUGCAAUACGAUACACAUCUCUUUAGUGGGUCAUUGUACAGUACACAAAAUCUUGACACCUUAGGCUUAAAAGAAUUGGUUCUCCGGCAAUGGCUUUUGAAAAUAUAGUGAAGGCGGGCGGUUGUCUUUUUUCUUUCUUGGGGUGGUUCAAACUAGUAUGUAACUAAAUAACAGUUGUGUAACCACAUAAACAGUAUUGUAAAAUCAACCUGUGAAGGGGCCUUCCUACAUAAAAGUAUUCCUUGAUGAGUAAAAUACUGAAAUACAGUAUUUGACCACCUUUGAAGAUGGAAUAUAUAAGGAUUUUUUGUGUGUGUGUUUUCAUAAUGGAAAGAAAAACGAAACGUGCUGUGAACUUUAUGAUGAUGCGGGCAGUGCCUGAGAACCAUGACUAUUUUUUUUGUUUAGCAUUAGAAGAAUAAAUGUAGCCUCAACCCAAACAUUUUAGAAACUGUCGUCAAUAGAAGUGCCAAUGCCUGCAGACUCUUGUACAUACCAUCAUGAAAUAAGUUUCAUUUUCAUACCAUGCCAUGCAAGUGUAUGUUCUUCGAAUAUAAUGAUUUUAUUUUUAUUUAUUUUUUGUGGAAACAAAAAAAAUUUGAUGCUCUGUGAAUGGUUACAGUCCUGCUCUCCUGUCUGUGUCAGUCGAUGGUCAGUAUUUGUGAUAUAGCAAAGAACAUCAAACUAUGUGACGUCAAUCAAGAUAUGUGUAUUCAAGUGUAUUUACAUAUUUCUGUAUGAUGGUGAUAUUAAAACAAGAGUGUUUUGUGUUGGACACUGUUAGAAACGAGUGACCAUUGUAACCUUAGAAUCAGCUGGGCUGUAGGUCAAAGGUUAGAUGAGGUUUCAUAAGACAUGGACCAGAAUUUGUACAGUUCUGUAGUGUUGUAUUUCAGAUUAAGAGAAACAUUGAACACUUCAAACUAGCUGUAGUAUGUUAUCCUGUCCUUGGACAUACACUGUUAUAAAUCAUUACGUUAUCUGUUAAAUGUCAUUUAAUUUGAGUGUGUGAUAUUAUAAAUAGAAUAUUCUUCUGUCUUGCCAAAUACUAGUUUUUCCAAGGUCAUGCUUGAGCAGAAGACGGCAAGAAUAUCCUAAUAACAUUACAUACUUUUGAUAGUGCUGCUUAAACAUGCAUACACCUACUAUACACCAUGUGCAAUUUUAGUUAUUUAAUGUUAACAUGUAUCAUGAUAUCGUGGAUAUGGAAUAAAUUCAUACAAAACAUGA